AUGGGUAAGGUUGGUGAGUUUUUUGGACACCCUGGUAGACGACCUAUGUUUCGUCAUAGAGCAAAUAUCCCAGUUAUUAAGAGCGAUUGUGAGUACGAAGAGUCAUGCAAUGAAAAGAAUGACCCAAAAAAUGAUGAGACCAUCUGCAGAGUUGAUUCCUUUAAUAAUUCUAGCUCUGACUCCUCAUUAAAUGAUGUCCACUUGCAAGAUGAUGGUAACAUUUUAACUACACAUAAUUUUACUGGUUUGUCAACAAGUCGUACAGAUAAAGUUUUGGAUUGGAUGGUAAUGGUUGCUGGGUCACAGUUUAUGUUUUUUUUAAUUUGGAUUAUUCUUAUUAUCUGGAUCGUCACUGGUAUUAUAUAUAAUGGUCCCUUCAAUUGGCAAGUUGUAAUGCAAGAUGGUCAAUCCAUUCAAUGUUACGUAUGGGAUACUUUAUUAAUGAGACAACAACUAAAUAGUACACAUGAACAAAUCCUAAUAAUAAGUGAUAUUAGAUCCCGUUUAGCUUCAUUUUCUGGUUUUUUUGAAAGGUUGAGUUUUGCUUGUAUAAAAGGCUCGAAAGAAUCAGAUGUUGAUACGACCGCUCAAGGUGUUGACGAAAGCUCCAACAAAAGCGACAUUAAUUGUGACUGCGAAGAUAAAAAUGAGACCACAGAGUUUAUCAAAACUGGUGAAUUACCAGUGGAGAAUUGGUAUGAUAAUCUGUGUACAAAAGCUUCAUAUAUUAUUGGAAGUAUACCCAUGAUGAUAGCAUUUUGGUUGGGUGUCAUGGUUUGGAUAGUUUGUGGUAUUAUUCCCAAGGAUGCUGGUAAUUCUCCACCAUUCACUGGUGAAACAACUGGUAGUAAUCCAAAAUUGAAAAAGUUUAGUGAUACAUGGCAGAUGUAUAUUAACACCGCAGUUGCAGUAUCUCUUCUUAUCUGUUCGACAUUUCUCCAAAACAUUAGAGCUCGUCACGAUAAAUUCAUUGCUAAAUUUUUAUUACAAAUAUAUGACCUAGAGCAUGAAAUUGAUACAAAACUGAGAACAGCGUUGAAUGACUAUGACACGUUACAUCCAAUUAUUGAGGUUGCUCCAGUUAAGCGCUCUAAACUGGAGGUUAUUAUCGACUGGUAUGCUGACGUUAUUGGUACUGGUAUCGGUGUUGUGGUAGCUAUUAUCGUAUUUGGUGUAUGGAUUGGAAUUGGUCAGCCUUUGCAUUGGAAUGAUAACUGGUGGUUAAUCAUUGGUACUUACACCGGUUUAGUGGGAUUUUUAGAUGGCUAUAUCAUUAGACAAGUUUAUUUCAAAAUCAUUCAGCAUGAAGAAAACAACUUUCAAAUGCUUGCUGACGAAGAUAUGGCUUUAUUCCAAAGGUAUAACAUACCAUGUGAGGAUGAAUACUUUGGAAUCAAGGGCCCAGUGAAAAUGAAUUGGAAUUUGAAAAUUUCUACGUAUAUAAAUUAUCUUUGCGCAAGUCAAUGGAGUGUAGUUUGUUCGGUGCUAAUUAUUUUGGGUUUGAUUGGAGCAGCAUCAGGCUUAAAAUGGAGCACCACAGGUCAACUGAUAGCUAAUACACCCACCAUGAUUAUAGAGGAGUUCUUUUUGAUUGUGUUGAUCCAGGCACACAACGAAGCUGAUCUUGAAAGAAGAAAGGAGGUUACAGCUUUAUAUAUGCGAAGAAAGUUACUACUAAACUAUGUUAAAAAAGAGUUAGGUAUUUCCCACUAA